CGUUUGUUUUCUAGUCGGUAGUGAUAGGUACAGACCGCUUUUUCUCAGUGAAAGGUUACAAAAUAUUAAAUUUACAAAAUAUUUUUUAAUAUCUGUUACCUUAAUUAAUAUUUAUUGGUUAGAAGUCUUAGAUCGCCGUAGAGCCGUGCUCCGUAAAGCGCUGGUGGCUGCCGGCUGGUGCAUACUGCAUUGGCCAUUGGUACCUACUGGGCUACACCACUACACCAAGUUGUAACUCGCCAGCCUGUUGCCGGAGACCGGAUUACGUACCCGGCGUCAACCAUAUUUUGCCAAUUGAAUCAUUACAAUGCUUAAGAAAUAAGAAGACUUUAAAAAAAAUACUUUUUACUUUCUUCUCCCUGUAACUCGACGCGAUGGCUACCCCUAGCAACGAAUCAGAUUCUUCGCAAAAGAACACAAGCAAUGAAGAAAAUGAUGGCAAAGAUGAUCAGAAUAACAUAUUUGAGUGUAACAUAUGCUUGGAGAGUGCAAAAGACGCUGUUGUCAGUGUUUGCGGCCAUUUAUUUUGCUGGCCGUGCUUGCAUCAAUGGUUAGAAACUCGAGCAAGCCGUCAAGUGUGCCCUGUAUGUAAAGCUGCUAUAAAUAAAGAUAAAGUUAUACCAAUCUAUGGACGUGGAAAUUCCAAAGAAGAAGAUCCUAGAAAUAAAGUGCCACCUAGGCCUGCUGGUCAAAGGACUGAACCGGAUGUUAAUGCUGGUUUCCCUGGUUUUACCUUUGGAGAUGGUGGUUUUCAUUUGUCGUUUGGAAUAGGGGCAUUUCCUUUUGGAUUUUUAACAUCGUUUAAUUUAACUGAUCGUCCACAUGGAAUUCCAGUUGGUAGUCAACUACAACAAGAUGAUGAAUACUUAUCAAAACUUUUCUUAUGGAUUGCAGGGAUAUUUAUUAUGUGGCUAUUGGUGGCAUAAUUUACUCGUAGA